CCACCUUCGCGGGGCUGUCUGCGGGAGCAGCGGCUGCACCUUGCUAGGGGCUUUCGUCCUCCAGGACACAGCCGCGUCACCUCAGCCCGGGGACCGCCACCAUCCUACUCCCGCCCGCGGGAGGGGGCGUAUGCAAACAACCUGAAGCCUCAAGCUCCUGAUUGGUCGGUCCGAGGCCUCCUCCCCGCCCUGCUCCCGCGGCCGGCGCCGUGGGCAUGCGGGCUUGGCUCGCGCGCGCGUGAGAGGAUGGGGACGCAGGGCAGCCCGGUCAAGAGCUACGACUACCUGCUCAAGUUCCUGCUGGUGGGCGACAGCGACGUGGGCAAGGGCGAGAUCCUGGAGAGCCUGCAGGACGGCGCGGCCGAGUCCCCGUACGCCUACAGCAACGGAAUCGACUAUAAGACGACCACCAUCCUGCUGGAUGGACGGCGGGUCAAGCUGGAACUCUGGGACACCUCGGGCCAAGGCAGGUUCUGCACCAUCUUCAGGUCCUACUCCAGGGGUGCGCAGGGUAUCCUCCUGGUAUAUGACAUCACCAACCGCUGGUCCUUUGACGGCAUUGACCGGUGGAUCAAGGAGAUCGAUGAGCAUGCACCUGGGGUCCCCCGGAUCCUGGUUGGGAACCGGCUGCACCUGGCCUUCAAGCGGCAAGUUCCAACAGAGCAGGCGCGUGCCUACGCGGAGAAGAAUGGCAUGACCUUCUUUGAGGUCAGCCCACUGUGCAACUUCAAUGUCAUCGAGUCCUUCACCGAGCUGUCCCGCAUCGUGCUCAUGAGGCACGGCAUGGAGAAGAUUUGGAGGCCCAACCGAGUGUUCAGCCUGCAGGACCUCUGCUGUCGGGCCAUUGUCUCCUGCACCCCCGUGCACCUCAUCGACAAGCUCCCGCUGCCUGUCACCAUCAAGAGCCAUCUCAAGUCCUUCUCGAUGGCCAAUGGCAUGAAUGCCGUCAUGAUGCACGGGCGCUCCUACUCACUGGCCAGUGGGGCAGGGGGCAGCAGCAACAAGGGCAAUAGCCUCAAGAGGUCCAAGUCCAUCCGCCCGCCCCAGAGCCCGCCCCAGAACUGCUCAAGGAGCAACUGCAAGAUCUCCUAGCGGGCAGGCUGGGCACCACCCUGUCCAGUGCGCUCUGGAAGGGCUCGUGCUUGGGGAACGCUUCUGGCCGGGCGCUGGGCCUGGUGCCGUGUGCAGGGAAGGCUUUGGCCACACCGCCUCCUGGGAAGCGUGGGGGCGCACGGCGCAGGCAGUGGUCUUCCGCCAGACAAGUUCCGUGGGACCGGAGAGAGCUGUGGGGGUCUUGGGGGAGCAAGCCCGGGACCCCACAGUGCGGUGCGUCUGGGAAGUGCCCAGGAGGCGGCUCUGCCUGGCCCCAGCCUCAAGGGGGGGCUGUCUCUGAGGACCCGGGAGGCCUGGCUCUCUUUCUUAUUUAUAUGGAAGAUGUUCACCUUUUUGUACAUUUUUAAAGGACGGGCAGGGCAGCCUCGACACAGCCUCAUGGUGGGCCCCCGUCAGCAUUGGGUUCAGGCUCUGGGACAUUUGGAGAGGGGGAGGGGAUUUGAGGCAAAGAUGAGGAAUCCCGGUCAGGGUUUCAACCUUUGAAUUCACACACUUCAUGCGGGGUGGUGUGGGCUGUGCAGGCGCGGGGAGGACACAUGGAAGCUCUGGGCAGUGCACUCGGGCCCAUGGCUGCCUCCACCAGCCUUUGUGAACACGGGGGUCAGUGUGCGCCCCGAGAUGGCUGGGCGGCAGCUCUGGCCCCCGGUGGUCGGCGUGGUGUGGCCGCAGCUUCCUGGGCUCUCGCCGGCCCUCCUAGACAACAUCCUGCGCGUCUCGGGGCUGGGGGCAAGGGCUCCGUUCCCCAGUGGACUGCUGGUGUUUCUCAGACAUUCCUGUGUCUCGGGAAGGUGCAGAAGAUACUCAGUGGGUGUACACCCACCCGCCCCCUCGUCUCCUGGGGCACCUGGACUCUGCCCUCACCAGCUUCUAUUUGCCAGCCUCGGGUGUGACCCCACACCCACUCCUUGCCUGGCGUCGGCCCUCAUGGUCCCACGUCACCAAAACCGUUCUGACACAUCUCUUAGUGACGCUGCCUGGACUGGUCCCAGCGGUGGACCCCGAGCCUCUCCUGGAGACCCCACCAGCCAGCCCUGAGCAGGAGGCCUUGCCUCCUCCUGCCGCCUGCUUGGCGACAUGGCCACCGGUCACACUGGUGCUCAGCUCUACCUCCUCCUCACGGCCCUGCCCUGGGCUCUGGGACUCUACGUGCUGCGUGUCUGGGAGGCAGGGUGGGGCCCCGGCCUGUGUGCGGGGUGUCUGGGGUCCCCGAUGAGGCCUGGCCUCAGCAGGCUCAGGCAGGGGAGGCCACACCUGUCCUGCCUUGCCUGCAGGGAGGGGCGGGGGGGGGGCCUUUCUUUGGACUUUGAACCCAGUCACACAGACUGUUUUGAGGACGUGGACAGUCCUACGUUCACUUUAUCAACACUACCCUUUGCUGCUGUCUGACACGCCAUUCCUGUGCUCAGUUUGGACGGUUUUCCUUUCUUUGUACAGUAAACGUGAUUCAGCUCUGAUUGCUAGGCUGAGAGCCUCUGGUUUUAACUGGCCAGGUGGUAGGUGUGGCUGGUGCUGGUCCUGGCCGUGAGGGCUGAGCCUGGCUGCCGCGGCCACCUCAGUCCAGGCCACACACAGGGCGCUUCUCCGUGGGCCAGACAGGCAACCCCCCGCACCCCAGAGACCACUACUCCCUGCUCCCUCCGAGGGUGGAAAGUGGGACGCCCCGAGCCCCCUCCCAUGUCCGUGUAGGCAGGCCUAACUGUCUGAGGGUGGUGGGCAUGGAGCCAGGGAUGCAGUGGAUGACUUGGGGGCUUCCCACCUGCAGAGACUCAGCACAGCCUUCCGGAUCCAGACCAGGGCCUGGGUUGGGAAAGCCACCUGCUGACGGGGUUCAGUCCAAGGGUUUGGUGGCACUGACAGUUGGGGAACUCCUCUGAAUGAGCCUCCCCACCCCCCACCCACCGCUCGGGGACCCAGGCCUCUAGCUGCAGCUCUCUGAGGGACUGUCCUAGAUCUGGAACCCCCACACCCACGGUCCCCUUGUAUGCAUUCUCUGCAUCUGGGGCCUCUUGGUCUCACUCUGACCAGACAAGGCUUUUAUUUCCCUGCCUCCCAGGUCAGA